AUGGCACUCACCCGCCCCCUCUCCAAACUCCUCCCCAAACGACCCCUCCUGUCGACGCCCUCCCGCCGGCCCUACCUCACCUCCUCCACCCCCUCCCAUUCCUGGCUCAGAAUCCACCCCGAAGUCUCCUCCGCCGUCACAUCCAACACCCCCCUCGUAGCCCUCGAAUCAACAAUCUACACCCACGGCGCCCUAGGCAAUGACCUCAACCUCGAGCAAAUCGUUCGCGACCACGGCGCCAUCCCCGCCGUAUGCGGCAUCUACGCCGGCCAAGCCACCGUAGGCCUCACCCCAGAAGAGAUCACCACCAUGUGCGACCAGGGCGCCAAAAAGGUCUCCCGCCGUGACCUCGCCUAUCUCAUCGGUCAGGGUAUCUGCGGCAACAAGAUCCACGGUGGAACCACCAUUGCCGGAACCAUGAUUCUCGCUCGGCAGGCGGGGAUCAGGGUGUUUGGAACGGGCGGGUUGGGUGGUGUUCAUCAGGGCGGGGAGAACACGAUGGAUAUCUCUGCCGACUUGACAGAGUUGGGGAGGACGAGGGUGGCGGUUGUGAGCAGUGGUGUGAAGGGGUUUUUGGACAUUCCAAAGACGCUUGAGGUUUUGGAGACGCAGGGGGUGCUGGUGGCUACUUUUGCUGAUGGCAAGGACCAAAAAGAGGUGGAUUUCCCGGCUUUUUGGGCGAGGGAGAGCGGGGUCAAAAGUCCGGCUGUGGUGUGGGAUGAGAAGGAGGCUGCGGCCAUCCUUUUGGCUCAGGAGAAGUAUGAUAUUGAGACGGGAAUGUUGUUCGUGAACCCGCUGCCGAAGGAGUUUGAGAUCCCGAGGUCGGAGAUGGAGGAGGUGAUUAGGAUUGCUGUGCAGGAGGCGGAGGAGAAGGCGCCGGGGAAUGAGAAUACUCCGUUCGUGUUGAGGAGGAUCAGGGAGUUGACUGAUGGGAGGAGUGUGAUUGCGAAUAAGGCGCUGGUGAGGGACAAUGUGGCCAGAGCGGCCAAGAUUGCGGUUGAGUUCUCCAAGCUGGUGGAUGGCAACCCGGUCACGGUUGGGAUGGCUUCAGCAAGCAAUGCGACAGUUACGCAGCAGCCUACUUCUUCCAAGGCCGAGACCAAGCCUAGAGUGGAGAAGCCAAAGGCUGAUCAUACUGUGGACAUUCUCGUUGCUGGGUCAGUCGCUCUUGACUUGAACUGUGACUAUGCAGGUGGCGGAAAGACGGUUUCGCCGGCGCUCAACACAUCCAACCCAGCUUCCAUCAGUCAGUCUGUGGGCGGGGUGGGUCAUAACAUUGCCAUUGCCGCCCACAAGGUGAGCGAGGAGAACAGUGUCCGGCUCUGCAGUAUGGUUGGCGAUGACAUUGCCGGAUCAACUAUCCUCUCCUCCCUUUCUGCUGCCGGCCUAGACACCUCCUACAUCCGCGUCCUCGGCCACGAGUACCCCUCCGCGCGAACAGCCCAAUACGUGGCCGUCAACGACGCCCACAAAUCCCUGGUCCUCGCCAUGGCCGACAUGGCCAUCAUCUCCACCCACUCAUUCCCCAACUACUGGAACUCAGCCGUCAACGCCUCCAAGCCAAAGUGGAUGGUCGUCGACGCCAACUGGGCUGAACAUGACAUCCAGACCUGGAUCCAGGCCGGCCAUAAGCACAACGCCAAAAUCGCUUUUGAACCAGUCUCGGCCGCCAAAGCAGCGAGGUUAUUCCCCAAACUGAAAAACCACCACAAGAAGCCAGAACUGGGUCUUUUCCCUCGCCCGAGCGUCCAUCUCUCCACUCCCAACCAAUACGAACUACUGGCCAUGUAUGAAGCCGCCAACGAGAACGGGUACCUCGAUACGCACAACUGGUUCCCCAUCAUCGACGCGUUUGGCAUCAUGCGCGGGGCUAGGGAGCAGUUUGUUGAUAUUGCUGGUGCUGCUGCCACGGACGCGGGUAUUCCGGUGCAGAGCGUGAAUCUCCUGCCUUAUAUCCCAACCAUCAUCACCAAGCUCGGUUCCAGCGGAGUGCUGCUCACGACUUUGUUGGAAAAGGGCGAUCCUAGGAUUAGAGACCCUGAGCAUGCCCGGUGGGUUGUGAGCAGGACCUUGAGUGACCAUCCUAGUGUUGGGGGGGUUUACAUGAGGAUGUUCCCGGCGGCGGAAAGGGUCAAGGAGGAGGAUAUUGUGAGCGUGAAUGGUAUCGGGGAUACGUUCACUGGUGUGUUGAUUGCUGGGUUGGCGAGGGGUGGGGAGGUGGAGGAGUUGAUUGAUAUUGCCCAAAGGGCGGCCGUGUUUACGCUCAAGAGUUCAAAGGGGGUCAGCGAUGAGGUUGCGGGAUUGAGGUCAGAGCUGAGACGGAUUGUGGCUAAGCAAUAG